UUCAUCGCAGCAGCGUGCGAGAAUUCUGUGGGGGUCUGAAUUGGGGUUUGGCGGGAAGAGGUGUAAUUGUAGAGGACAAAGCUUUCCAAAAUUUGAACUCCUCGCAACUCUAUCUCCAUGGCGCAACAGUUGCAGAAUCACUGUCUGGACUUGCGGUUUAUGUUAGAGGAAAUGUCACCGGAGAAGCUCGUAAAAUUUCCAAGCCGCAGUCUGGCAAACUUUUAAAACAGGUUACCAAUCACAUAUCAUCCAUGUCAAACAUAUAUGUCCAUGAUGGGGCAGUUGGUUCAUCACUCAAAGCUGGUGCGAAAGUUCGCGUUAUAAGUGAUAGCCCAUCUGCUGUAUUGUCACUUUCCAGCAUUCUCUGGGGGACACCCACCCGUGCAGUCUCUCAUGAUUCUCGUCCUUUAACAGUUUAUGUGGCUACUUCUAUAAGUCCAGACAUUGGAGACAUUAUUGGCCUUGAAUUGAAAGGAGAUAAUGCAUUUAUAGCUGCUGAUAUUGAGCGUUCUUCACUUGUUUUAUGUGGCAAUGCCUUCUCAGAUUCAAAUGCAACUAAACAAGCACUAGCUGCCUUGUCUGGACCUGUUAUAUUUGCCCGAAGAGGCCUUCCCCUGUCUGCAAGGCUUUUAGUUUUUGGUGAUUCUGUGCUUCUUUUAUUUGCACCAGAAGAUACCAUUAAGGUGUGUGGAGAUCUGUUGGUGCCAGGAGAUAUAGGUGUUAUUCUUUCUUCUGAAGGUGUUGCCCCAUUGUUUCAAACUGGAAGCUCUGGUAGCUCAAAUCUAUUCAAGUUGCCAGUUGCUGUAGUCCUUGCAACUUUUGACAGUUCUGGUGUUAUACCUUCUGUAUCAAAGCUUGCACCUGGCCAGGCAGCUUAUCACUUCCUGGCUGGUUAUCAAAAUGGGAAGUUCAUGCCUGCAUACAGCAAAGGCCCUUCAUCUAUUGACCUGUUGGAACUAGCAAAGGAGUUUCUGUUGAAGUUGAAAGAUGACCGGAUCUCAUCCUACCUGGUUAAUGCCAAUGGAGGAGAAAAGGGUGCAACUGGCAAAGAUUUUGCUCGGUUGGUGGAAUCAACUCUGUCAAAUAACAUCCCACCGUUCCAAGCAAAAGGUGGGAAUCUUCAAGACACAUACAAGAGCUUCUUAUCCAGCAGAUUUGGAGAAGUGCCAGAAGAAUUCUCAUUCUGAGAUUUAGUGAAUUGUCUUUGUAAGCUGUAAUCCAUCUUCUCCCCAAGGUGAUUCUUUCACUUAAAAGGCUCAAAAGGAUAAACGUGUCUGUCUGUAUGUAAUCCAGCCAAAUCAAAUCAGCGCCUUGCUUGAGUUUGUAUUAUGAAUUCAUGGUAAAAAUGUCAUAAUUACUUGCAA